CUCCUCUUCUUCUUCUUUUAUAGUUAUCAAUAUAUAUAAGAGUUAUAUAUAUAUCUAAGCAAAAGCUCUCUAGCAAAGAGACCAAUAUAUUGAUGGCCGGAGGGUUUGCAGUUUCGUCCUCCGGGGCGGAGUUUGAGGCCAAGAUUACGCCGAUCGUCAUUAUAUCAUGUAUAAUGGCAGCCACCGGAGGCCUCAUGUUUGGCUACGACGUUGGUGUUUCAGGUGGUGUAACAUCUAUGCCGGAAUUCUUGAAAAAAUUCUUUCCGGUGGUUUAUAGAAAAACGACAAUGGAACAUCUGGAUAGCAAUUACUGUAAGUACGACAACCAAGGGCUACAACUGUUCACGUCGUCGCUCUACCUGGCUGGCUUGACCGCCACAUUCUUUGCCUCCUACACCACCAGAAAGCUCGGCAGAAGGCUAACCAUGUUGAUCGCCGGCGUCUUCUUCAUCAUCGGCACCAUUUUCAACGCCGCCGCUGAAAAUCUCGCCAUGCUCAUCACUGGCAGGAUCUUACUUGGUUGUGGUGUUGGCUUUGCUAAUCAGGCUGUACCAGUAUUCCUUUCUGAGAUUGCUCCCACAAGAAUUCGAGGUGGACUAAACAUAUUGUUCCAACUUAAUGUCACCAUUGGAAUUCUCUUCGCAAAUCUUGUGAAUUACGGCACUGCCAAAAUCAAAGGAGGAUGGGGAUGGAGAUUGUCAUUGGGUUUGGCCGGUAUCCCUGCAUGUCUUCUAACCAUUGGUGCCCUUUUAGUUGUGGACACUCCCAACAGUCUUAUAGAACGUGGUCACUUAGAGAAAGGAAAAGAAGUACUAAGAAAGAUCCGAGGAACUGACAACAUCGAGCCCGAGUUCAAUGAACUCGUCGAGGCUAGCCGCAUAGCUAAAGCAGUAAAGCACCCUUUUAGAAACCUCCUCAAGCGUAAGAACCGUCCCCAACUCAUCAUUUCUGUAGCCCUUCAGAUCUUCCAACAGUUCACGGGUAUCAAUGCAAUCAUGUUCUAUGCACCAGUGUUGUUCAACACAUUAGGGUUCGGUGGCGAUGCUUCCCUUUACUCAGCUGUCAUAACCGGAGCUGUUAACGUCCUAUCCACCGUUGUUUCCAUCUACUCAGUUGACAAAGUUGGGCGUCGCAUGCUGUUGUUGGAGGCUGGUGUUCAGAUGUUCUUAUCCCAACUGGUAAUAGCCAUUAUAUUAGGUCUAAAGUUGUCAGACAACUCGGAAAACCUCGGCAAGGGUUACGCAAUCCUAGUGGUUGUUAUGGUGUGUACCUACGUGUCAUCCUUCGCCUGGUCCUGGGGGCCACUCGGCUGGCUCAUUCCGAGUGAAAUUUUCCCACUCGAGACUCGCUCUGCCGGUCAGAGUGUCACUGUUUGUGUCAACUUGCUCUUCACCUUCGUCAUAGCUCAGGCUUUUCUUUCCAUGCUUUGUCAUUUCAAGUUCGGAAUCUUCUUGUUCUUCUCUGGAUGGGUUCUGAUCAUGUCCUUCUUCGUCUUGUUUUUGUUGCCUGAGACUAAAAACAUUUCCAUUGAGGAGAUGACUGAAAGAGUUUGGAAGCAACAUUGGUUUUGGAAGAGGUUUAUGGAUGAUGAUGAUGAUGUUGUUGUCAAAGUAAGUGACAAUAAAAAUGGUGCUUACUAAUAGAGUAGAGAAGACUCUGCUGCUCUGUAAAAUUUUUUAAUAUAUUAUAAUUUUUUUGGGGAUGGUUUUGAGGAGAAAUUUAGUAGGUUGGGAAAGGGAAUAAAGUUUAAAAGAAUAAUUAGGGAAAUGACUAAUACGUACUCAAGUACUUUUAUUUUGUGUUGUUUGUUAAGUUUUUAUUUAUUUAUUUUUAUAUGCUUUUUGUAUACGAGGCCAAAAUAUAAUCAAAGGCUACAUUUGUUUUAGACUCUGUUGUCCUUGAAGAUUUGGAUUUGGACCUUUUCAUUGCAUGAGAGAACUCUUUUACUUAAAUUAAUGACAUUACACAUAUUCAUUUUGCACCAA